AUGGAACCCAAUGUUUCUGCACAAGCAGCAUGGAACGACUGGGAAGCAGAAGAACCAAGCAAUGCGGAUGAGAACACAAUACACCAAAAUUUACCAAAAAGAGCAGUUAAGAUACUAUUUAAAUGGUUAAAAAGGAACUACUUUUACCCAUACCCGGACGAUUUAGCGAAAGCAGAGAUGAUGGAGUAUACAAGCUUAACAAUCAGUCAGAUAGAGGAUUGGUUUAUUCACGCCAGGCGUAUGAUUUUGCCGAAGAUCGCAGAGAAAAAAAGAUGCUCCCGUUCCAGAAUCAAAGGGGGCAAGAAGUUCAUGCCUGCACACAUUGUAACUGGAACAACAUCGGCUGACGCCCUUCCUUCCACCAGCACUGUUGCUCCGUUGCCCAUGCGGUUUCCAGUGUCAUCGGCUCCUCUUGCUCUGCUGCAGGUCAGGAGCCCUCCUGAAGUUCAAAGCUUACUUCCUAAAGUUCAAAGUCAGCCCCCUACAACUGAAACACCUUCGAAGCAUUGUGACGACAGCAUGAGAAGGUUCCAGAUACUGCUUCAGGUGGCCUCGUGGUUCAAGGAGGAGCUGGAUGCGGAGGAGGCCAAGGAAGCCCUUCAUCAGAAAUCUUGGGAUAGAACCAGUUGA